AUGUCGAGGACGACGGCGGCGUCUUAUUGGUGUUACCGAUGCACGCGCUUCGUCAGAGUAUCGGCGGAAGACACCGUUUUAUGUCCACACUGUGAGGGAGGAUUCGUGGAAGCCGUGGAAGCCAGCGAGCCUCCACCGCUGGGUACACGCCGGCGGUUUCCUGCCACGGCGAUGUACAUGCUUGGAAACAACGAUCGAUCAGAUCUACGCUCCCGGCGUGGUGCUCGGCGUAACAACGGGGACAGGUCUCCUUUCAAUCCGGUCAUCGUUCUUCGUGGUCCUGCGGAGGGUAACGGGGCUGUGGAGGAUUCGGGGGUUGGAGAGAGAGGUUUUGAGUUGUACUACGACGACGGAGCAGGUUCGGGUCUACAACCGUUGCCGCCGACGAUGUCGGAGUUUCUAAUGGGGUCAGGGUUUGCCCGAUUGCUCGAUCAGUUGUCUCAGAUCGAGAUGAACGGGUUAGGUCGGACAGGGCAUCGUCCGGCUUCAAAAGCAGCUAUUGAAUCGAUGCCGACGAUCGAGAUCUCAGAGGUACACGUUAGCACGGAAUCACACUGUGCUGUUUGCAAAGAAGCGUUCGUGAUCAGCGCUGAAGCUCGUGAGAUGCCAUGUAAACACAUCUAUCACUCCGAUUGUAUCCUCCCAUGGCUUACUCUCCGAAACUCGUGCCCGGUUUGCCGGCACGAACUCCCAACGGAUUCAACAGAUUCAAAUUCCAGCAAUCUAGAACGCUCUGAACCAACCGAGGAAGAAUCAUCAGCAGUUGGAUUAACGAUAUGGAGAUUACCUGGUGGCGGAUUUGCAGUUGGGAGGUUUUCUGGCGGUAGAAGAGCCGGCGUCGGCGGCGGUGAGAGGGAGCUUCCUGUUGUAUACACGGAAAUGGACGGUGGAUUUAACAAUAAUUCUGGUACUCCAAGGAGGAUUAUGUGGGAAUCAAGUAGGAACAGUGCUGGUGGAGAAAGUGGGAUAGGAAGAGCUUUCCGCAACAUGUUCUCGUUUUUUGGGAGGCUACGGCCAUCUUCAAAUUCAACCACCAACUCCGGUGGUGCAUCAUUGGCUAGAAGCCGGAGUUUGUCUAGUUCCGUUUUCGGUAGAAUGACCAGGAGAAGAAGUAGAACUUGGAUUUUAGACGAACAGAAUGAUUGA